AUGGCCGUACCCUCGACCGACGAUGAAGCGGCCAGCGAGAAGCAGAACGACUCGCCCGUAGUUUCAAUGUCCUCCCUGCGGCCACGGGUCGCCGUCGUGCUGGGCAUACCGUCGGUCUGGCACUAUCCCCUGUUCCUCUGCCGGCUGCUGUCCAUUGCGCCCGCCAUCCUGUGGGGUCUGCGUUUUGCCUUGCGCUUCCUGAUCACCGACUUUCUCAGGAGCGAGUUUUACAGAUCUCAACUCGAAGCUCGGGGCUUGGACGAUGUGGCCAGGAUACGCAUCGUUGAGGUGGCACACACGGACUGGUCAGAGACGAGGCUCAGGUUAACCGAGACGGCGCUGUCACUUAUAUGGUGCGGGUCUUCUGCCCAUCUGGCCUUUAUCUUCGCCGAUUGCCUCAUGUCCAGGUGGCUGCUCAACUACACACCCCAGGCGACCAUCAUCCGGCUGCUCACCCUCUGCACCAUCUCCGGCUUCAUCGCGCAGAAGGUCACCUACCUGCUCGGUGCGGACCGGUCGCCGCUCCUGCUCCUGCCCGCCUGGAUCGGCAUCGCCACCACCCUGACCGUGUGCUACCACGUGUCCCAGCGCCGCAUCAACAUACGCAAGGAGACCAAGUCCAGCAUCAGCAUUUUCGGCAUCGCGAGCUUCAUCAGCCUCGUCGCCCUGUUGGUCAACCAGCACAUGGGGAUCCCCGCCAAGAGGGACUACCCCGAGAUACCGCUCACGGCCGUGUUGGGCAGAGCCGCGGAGAUCGGGGGCCGGGUGCUGGUCACGCUCCUGGGGGUGAACGGGGAGCGGGAUGGGCUGUAG